UGUACUGAGGUGGGGGAUAGCUGCUAGGAAUCCGCCUGCAACUGUGGAGAACUCAGUAAUUGCUGGAGACAGGGAGAGCUGGGGGCUGGGCUGAGGUAUCCAUGUAUAAAUAGUGUGAUCUCAAAUUGAAAGGCAUAAAUAACAGCAGGAGUGAUCUAACCCUAUGCAGUUCAUCCUCGACGUGAAAAAAAGGGGGAGAAACAAUAAAAAGCUUCCAGGAGACGUGGAGAUCUCCUAGUGAAAAAGCAAGUGGAUCUCUGUGGAUAGGUGCUACAAGAUCACAGGGCAGCCAUGGAAGAACUUACAGCUUUUGUAUCUAAAUCCUUUGACCAAAAAAACAAGGAUAACAGUGGCAGUGGCAACAGCAAGAAGGAGAGCAUUACAUACAGGGAAGUUUUGGAGACGGGCUUGGCUCGGGCCAGGGAGCUAGGGAACUCUGAUACAAACCUCCAGGACAUUACAGAGAACAACAACCACUGCUCGCUGCAUCUCUACAAAGAGCACACAGACAUUGACAAAGACAAGCUGAAAGACUACAGCACGACCAGGAUUUCUGAGGGGAUCUACGAGUGUAAAGACAAGAGAGAAGACGUGAAAUCAGAGGAUGAAGACGGACAAACCAAGCUGAAACAGAGGAGAAGCAGAACUAAUUUUACAUUAGAGCAGUUAAAUGAACUUGAAAGACUGUUUGAUGAGACUCACUAUCCUGAUGCAUUCAUGAGAGAGGAGCUGAGCCAAAGGUUGGGACUUUCUGAAGCCAGGGUACAGGUAUGGUUCCAGAACCGAAGAGCAAAAUGUAGAAAACAAGAAAAUCAAAUGCAUAAAGGUGGGUAUGGUGUCAUUCUUGGAACAGCAAGUCAUUUAGAAACAUGUAGAGUCGCACCUUAUGUGAACAUGGGAGCACUGAGGAUGCCUUUCCAACAGGUCCAAGCUCAAUUACAGUUAGAAGGAGUAGCCCAUGCACACCCACAUCUUCACCCACACCUGGCUGCCCAUGCUCCUUAUCUAAUGUUUCCUCCUCCUCCCUUUGGACUUCCAAUUGCAUCACUGGCAGAAACAGCAUCUGCUGCAGCUGUGGUCGCAGCUGCUGCUAAAAGCAACAGCAAAAACUCUAGUAUUGCUGACUUGCGACUCAAAGCCAGAAAACAUGCAGAGGCUUUGGGGCUCUGACAAUUUUAGCAAUUGGUAAAACAGUGAACUGAAUUCCUGAUUCCCCUUUCUGCCAUUAUUUGACUCUUCAGAUGCCAAAUGUGUUGGUAAAAAUGCUUUGCAAUUGUAAAAGAAAAAAAAAUGAGCCUGUACCUGCUUCUCUAGAAGAUCAGCAAAGAAUAUGGAGGAUUCUAACUGAAAGACAAUUUGGUUUAGUACAUUAAGCUCAAAAUAAGCUUGAAUUACAUAUUGUGAUUUUUCUAUGACGUUUUGCAAACACAAUGAUUCUGAACCUCAAUGACAGAAGGAGAUAGAUAAGAAGUUAUUAACCUAGCCUUACACAAUUUGGAGAAACAUGAUAACAUUUGAAGCGGAAUGAACAACAGAGAAAAACUGAGAUUUUUUUUAUACCCUUGACAACAAAAAUGGACUUAAAAACUACACUAUUGGCUGCUUUCAAUUUUUCUUCUGCAUGUUUCUGGAAAAAAUAAUGGAAAAACCAUAUACAUACAGUAGAUCACUAUAUUGUAGAUAACAGAUCAUUGGGGCUGGUCUCCAUUAAAAUGGCAUCUAUUUGCUGCCAACGGUACUAUUUCACUGCCGAUAAUAUCUUUCUUUGUAGUUACAGUCUCCCAAACCUAUAAUGGAGUUGUGGAUAUGAAACAAAAGAAGACUCACCCUGCAAAAUGUGUAGCACCCUUUUGUCACAAAAGCAGGCAGCAAUAAUGUAUUUUUUCCAAUGUUCAUAUAUUGGAAAGGAAAAAUAAAUGCUAUACUACACCAUUUAUUGGUGCUUUCAGUAUUUGAAAAAAAAUAUUAAACAUUUUACCAUAGAGACAACAUAUUAUUUAAUAUUACUUAGCAUCAUGUGCUUUGUGCCAUUUACUUGUAAACAGUUACCAUGCCCAUAAUACAGACUUAGGUAGAUUUGGAAAUUCCAGAAAUGUUAAUUUAUUGGAAAAGGAAGAAGAUGGAAAUGUGUUGUCAGGAAAUAAUAUUGAUACAGAGUUAAUUCUAGUGAGAUGCAAUUAAGUGCAGUAAAGUGCAAUACUGUAAAUAUUAUAGAUUUAAAGAAUCAAAUCUUGAGAUGCUGAUAAGUACAUUUGCAUUCACCUGGGCCCAGUCUUUUGUGCUUUGCUUGGGUGAAGCAGUUCAGUUGCCAAAUGAGUGUAUUCCAUGGGAAUGGAUAAAAUAAUAUUGUCUUCUUCCUUGUAUGAAGAAAGCUGCCAUAGGUUUUAGUAGGUCAAUGUGCCAUAUUAUAAUGAUCUCAGCUAAAAGUCUGGCCAGGUGGUUUUAAUUUCUAUUUGCUAAUUUUUAAGUACAAAAUAAACAAAUAAGUGGUCAAGUCCAGAAUUAGAUCAUUUUUGGUAAAUGCUGGUUGUAGAACACAUUGCAAAAUAAGGAAUUCAUGUUAAUGCAAAUACCAAAGUGUUUGAUUUUUUUAUUUAAUUUUAAUAUGAAAUCAUCUGACUAAAUACUUUAAACACCAUUUUAUAAUCUGAUCAACACAAGAAAUAGCUUUUCUGUUUAGAAACAAAAAACUGACAAAAGCAUUUCCCCAUUUUUAGUUUGGCAUUUGUGUUUGGUAUAUACAGACAGGAAAAUCAAUCUGUUUCUUUGUAAAAAAUGUACGUGGAUGUUUUAUUUAUUAUUCUGUUUGAAAUUUUAUAAAUGUGUAAUAUUUUAAUUAUGUUGAGUGUAAAUUUUACAAUGCUUUGCAUUUAUUUUUAUAUUUUGGAAACCUGUUGCUUUUGCAAAAUGUUGCAGGCUUAUAGCCAAAUCUGCAAAUCUAGACUUUUUUUUGUCAUUGGCUAUACCCAUAUAAAUGUAGCCCUUUUGAUUUUAGCUGGAGACAUUGCUACCUGUGAUCAAUUAAUUACAUUAAUUUGAAUAAUGUAUAAUACAUUUUGGUAUGACUUGUUAGAUCUUUUCAUGCCAAAUAUUUAUUAGCAUCAUGUCAUCUAGUAUAAUUAGUGGGGCUGCAUAUAUACACAUUGUAUGUCUGGGUUAACAGACAUUUCAGGGAUCGUAGAUAGGAAGACUAAUAGCCUGUCCAAAGUCAACCAUUAUUAAAAUCUGUCAUAUUGCAUACUUUACAUUUUCUUAGCCAAACUUCCAUACCAGCAUGCUUCAACACAGAUUCACUAAACAUGUUACGUUCAGUUUGAGAGUGUAUUUUGGUAAAAAAACAUGGUAUGAAUGUUCAUCUCAUACAACAAGUGGAACAUUAAUAAAUGUAUUAAUAUUUGCAAUUA